UUCCCUCUCCAAAUUAGCCGAUUCUGAACCUGGGUCGCUAUGAAUGCGAAAGAAUUCGCCCCAGCCAUGGCUGUGGGACCUUUAAACACCGCCAUUUUUGUUCAUUGACCUUGAAACUCAGAACGUGCCUUCCAUUUUUUAUUCGAAACGGCUGUGUUGUUCUUCAGGAAUGUAAACGAUUUGGCAGUUUUAGGGCCAUAAAUCCUAUCCUCUGCGAACUUGGUUCUGUUUAAAACAUUGAUUUGAAGCUCCUAGAACUUCAAUGUUUGGAGGAUUUCGAGGAGAUUAAGGCCUUAAGAAAGAUGUGAUUUGAACAGAGGGAUUUUUGAGCCAUUCAUGAUCCUUACUUUACUGGAGAAUUGAAUAUGGAACCAAAGUCGUCUAUCAACGCUCGGACUGAUCGACGAAGUGAAAUUGGUUCUUUCGGUGACAGGAACAAGGAUGAGUUGUUGGAAAAUGGUGAAUUGGGUCUGUCGAAGUCGAUAUCGAGAGGGUUGAAUAAGAGGGUAAUGCUGCCUCAUGCAUUAUAUUUGAAGUUGAAGCAAUACCGAAUCAGUAAGAGUUAUGUUCACGAUUCGUUUUUUAACAGUAAGAUAGGGUUAGACUAUAACGUUCCGAAGUAUAUGCUGACAACAGAUGAGAAAUAUCUACGACGAUGCUUGGAAUCGAUACAGAUCAGUGCAUCGAAGGCUGCACGAUGUAAUGCAUCUAUAAACUUGAGCUCGGUGAAGACUGAUGCUUUGACUGAUACGACUAGAUUAAGAACGAGAGCGAUGGGUGAUUUGGAAAAGUUUGUUAUUGCAUGCUCGUCAACAAGCGUGGAUGGCAACGAGGAUGUAACCUCGAGCAAACUGUCGUUUGUUGGUUCAAUUAUGGGAAGUAAGAGCAUGAUCAACAUAUUGAAGAGCCCUUUAUUGCAACAACUCGGUAUCACAGAUGGCACGUCGAAAAUCGUAAGAAUGGACUUGAAUGAUAUCAAAGGCUUCCCAGGCAGAGAAUUUGUGGACUCUCUCGGUGGCGUCGAUAUAUCUUCGUUGAAGAAGCUAGAAAAUGAAAGUCAUCAAGAUGAAUCUAACACAGCGAACGAGAGGGUUUUCCCUAUUCCGAGCACGAGUUUUAUAUGUUCCGACCAGUCUUCUUCGGGUUCGGCUUCCACACAGCUUUGUCAGGGAAUGCUUCAGUUCACAUGGAAGGAAGGAAAUCUUCACUUCGUCUUCUCGGUGGACAACGAGAAGGAAAUCUAUGUAGCUAGCUCGUCGAAGGUCGCCUCAUCAGACGAUCAGGCUUGGAGCUACGUUUAUUUGUUCCAUUCCGCAAAGAAUGGACUAAAGGAUCACGAGGUUAGAGAUAGCAGACCCUUUAUCGUUGGUAAAAUGACGGUGUCGACGUCUUAUAGCGUCUGUUCGAAUAAUUCGAAAACUGCAGAUACUGAAUUCGUGUUGUUCGGUGUUCUUGAAAAUUCCGACUUGGAGAUGGAUUCUUCUAACAAUACUCACAAGAGGAAUAAGGUCUUCCCUAGAAAGGUGACUGAAGUAUUUAGGACAAGUAACUCAUUUAAACUAAGAAACAUGCCCAGUUUCAACAGAUCAGGCGUCGUAAACUCGGAUAAAUUCAACAGCGUCGACGACUUAAUUUGUGCUCGUGACGUUCCCCCCAAUUUUGAGCUGUGUACCAUUGUUGUGAGAGACCAUAUCCCGGAAGAUCGAGGCAGUAGACGUGGAGGUUGGGGUUUAAAGUUUCUCAAACAGGCCAAGGCCGAACAAACACCCGAUUCAACAGCAACCACAGUGCAGGCUGACUGUUGUGCACGAAAUAUCGGUAAAUGUUCGACGAGCAUGGAUGUUCUUAUCCCUGCUGGUCUUCAUGGCGGGCCUAGAACAAGGAACUGCGGUCCUUCCACCCUCAAGGAACGAUGGAGGUCGGGUGGACUCUGUGAUUGUGGCGGUUGGGACAUUGGAUGUCCUCUAACAGUACUUGAAGGCGUCAGUGAAGAUACUUCGCGACGAACAGACACGCACGAGUGUCGGGCAUUCAACGUACAUGCUAAGGGUUUAGAGAAGGAUCGUCCAGCGUUGAGGAUGGUGAACAUCCGCGACGGGUUGUACUUUGUUCAUUUUGAACGGAAACUGUCAUGUCUGCAAUCUUUCUCGAUUGCGGUGGCGAUGAUCCAUUCGCGAAGUCCGGGUCUGAAAACGAGAAAUGUACAGGAGCUAAAAUAAGAAGAAGAUUGAUGAAAAUUAGAAUAGGUGAUUUGUAAUUUGUGUGAAUGUGGAAGGAAAACUUCCUUAGCUUAGCUUAGCUAGCUUGUUCCAUUUUUUGAUCUCUACAAGCUUUUGACAUGGCGACUGAAUGAGUUGUUUAGAUUAGAGGUAUGAAUAUAAAAAAGUUCAAAGCUUUGCUGAGUUUGUUCUUCA